CAACCCAAAAUCCCAAAACACAACACACAACAUUUCCCAAAGGCAUUGGAAGCUUCUCCUUCUCCUUCUCCUCCUCGGUACGGUUAGCCUCACCCACCAUGACUGCCACCAUUUAUUCCGACGAGAUAAAGCAACUGCAGGACAUCUUCAAUCGCUUCGACUUGGACCACGACGGCAGCAUCACCCACCUGGAGCUCGCUGCCCUCCUCCGCUCCUUGGGCCUCAAGCCCAGCGGCGAGCAACUCGACGGUUUGCUCGCCAACAUGGACUCCAACGGGAACGGCUCCGUUGAAUUUGACGAAUUGGUCAAUGCCAUCCUCCCCGACAUUAACAAGCAGAUUUUGGUCAAUCAGGAACAAUUAAUGGAGGUUUUCCGGUCCUUCGAUCGGGACGGAAAUGGGUAUAUCACCGCCUCGGAGCUGGCAGGAUCCAUGGCCAAAAUGGGGCAUCCGUUGACGUACCGAGAACUUUCGGAGAUGAUGAGAAACGCCGAUAGCAAUGGCGACGGUGUGAUCAGUUUUAACGAAUUCACGACGAUCAUGGCGCAAUCCGCCGCUGAUUUUCUCGGCCUCAGAGCUGCAUAAAACUGUCGGGUUAUUAUGGUGGAAAUGGAAAUGGUGAUUGGGAUGGAAGCUAUCAUUAUCUUCACCAUCUUCAUCAACAUAUCCAUCCAUUGUCUGAUCAUAUGUGCUUAAUUUCUCGUCAAAAAAUUAUAUUUACCAUG